GGUAAGAGAUGCCACGUAUUCAGGCCCUUGCUUUAAGAUCUUGUUGUCACCAGUGCGAGCGAAGCCUUUCCAAUUUCCCCAUCAAAACCAUGUAUUCCACUGGCUGCCACGGUCAUUUUGUUAGCUACAGUCCAUACUCCGAACUACAAUCUUUCCAGUAGAUGGGGCCUUUGUCCUGUGCAACAAACUUUGGAUGUCGAGUGCGGCAGACAUUGCAGCACACCUUGGGAGCGAUUAUCCUCUACGGCCUUUUCUGGGGAACAAAGCAAGCUGCAUUUCUUGGACUUGCAACGCCAGGGCCGGUUUACAAAGGUGUCCUUUCUGGGGCUCCACGCCAUCAGUGGGCUUGCAGACUCCGAAGCCUCCAAAGAUCAGCAGUGGUUGAAGUUGGGCCAGCAGAACUGGAAGCAAGUAUACGCGGAGGAGGUGCUGUGAUUCUGGACAUCUUUGCUAUUUGGUGCGGGCCCUGCAAACUGCUAGAGCCAGCUUUGGACAAGUUGGCUGAGCAACUAUGCGAUGGCAAGUUUGACAGAGAUGGCUUUCCAAGUCCUCAAGUGCUGCGUAUGGACAGUGACCUGCACCCUGGCAAGGCAACUGAGAUGAGAGCGGAGGGUUUGCCAACAGUCAUCUUUUUCAACAAAGGUGUUGAGGUUGGCCGGCUUGAAGGCGCAGUUGGUCUCAGAGCACUUGAAGACAAUGCUGCAAGACUGCUUGGCCUGGCAGAGCUUUCAGGUGGCCCCACUGGAGUGAAAUUGAACUCUAUGGAGGACGUUGAGCUGAGUGUUCAAAUGGAAGACGUGGUUUUGCUCGGUGUCUUCGGCGGUGGACAGUACGAACAAGAAUCUGCAGCUUUGGAUGCCACCCUUCAACUGCUUCAAUCUCAAGUAGGUGACCAGCUGAUUUCCACGGUUGAUGCAUCCAGACUUCCAGGAUUGGUUCGCAGCCUUCAGCUUGGUGGUUUGCCUGCUGUGGUGCUGUUCCAGGACGGCUCUAAGGUCAUGCAGUUGGAGGGGGUUGACGCAGCUACCGUCACGGCGGAUGAGCUUCAAGAGGCAUUGGAAGCCGCCCGAAAUGGACUUGUGUCCUGAAUGCGUGUCUCGCAAUGUGGGAAGCUUUCUGAAACAGCAUUGAGGCUACAAAGG